UGAAACCUUCACUUAAUAAUGGCUGACUUAAAAGCCUAUUUUCCAUUCUUCUUUACAUGCCUCAUAUCCAUCAUUUUGGUCCGGGCGUUUUUCAAAUCUAUUUGUGCUAAAUCUCACCGUUUGCCGACCCCAUUUUCCCUUCCUAUUAUUGGACAUCUCCACCUUCUAUCAUCGAUCCCACAUCAAACUUUUCACAAGCUUUCAUAUCGAUAUGGGCCCAUAUUUCAACUCUUUCUGGGCUCUAAACCUGGUAUUGUUGUUUGUUCACCAGAAAUGGCAAAAGAAUUCCUUAAAACACAUGAACAUGUGUAUCUAGAUAGAGCCCGAAGCUCAACCGCAGAUUACAUAACUUAUGGAUCGAAAGAUUUGGUGGUUGCUCCUUAUGAACCGCACUGGAAGUUCAUGAAAAAAAUAGUUAUGUCAAAUCUUUUAAAUGGAAAAACACUUGACAUGCUUAGUUCAGUUAGGCACCAAGAGAUAUAUGGUUUUAUAAAAUCAAUAUCACAAAGGGCUCGAGUUGGCGAGGCCAUGAAUCUUGGCAAGGAGUUGAUGAAGCUGUCUAACAACGUGAUAUCAAGAAUGCUGAUGGGUAUAAAAUUUGCAAAUGAUAAGGAGGAUGUUGCAGACGAUUUAAUAAACUUGGUUACUGAAAUGUUUCAGGCAUCUGCUUUCUUUAACCUUUCCGAUUACAUAUGGUUGUUUAAGAAUCUAGACUUGCAGGGAUUAGGGAAAAAGGCAAAGAAGCUUCGAGCAAGAUUUGAUGUAAUGAUUGAGAGGAUCAUAAAAGAGCACGAGGAGGCAAGAAAGCGUGGUGGAGAAAUGAAUGACUUGCUUCACAUUUUACUUGAUAUACAACAAGAUGAGAGCAUGGAGAUAAAGUUGAGCAGAGAAAACAUCAAAGCCUUCAUCCUGGACCUCUUUCUUGCCGCAACGGAUACUUCAGCGAGUACCAUGGAAUGGGGUUUAUCACAACUAAUCAAUCACCCAAAUAUCAUGAAAAAGGUACUUGAAGAAAUCCAUCAAGUUGUUGUUGAAAACCGACUAUUGCAUGAAUCAGACAUACCAAAUCUUCCAUACCUCCAAGCAGUUGUGAAGGAAACGUUACGUCUCCAUCCCGCCGUCCCGGUUUUAGCAAGACAAUCAACAGAAGAUUUCAUGGUGGCGGGUUACCAUAUUCCAGAAAAGACUCAAAUUUUUAUCAAUGUGUGGGCGCUAGGUAGAGACCCAAACCAUUGGGAAAGCCCACAUGAGUUCCGUCCUGAAAGAUUCCUAGAAAAAGAAAACGAGUUAGAUGUAAGAGGGCAACACUUUCACAUGUUACCAUUUGGUAGUGGGAGGAGGAUGUGUCCUGGGAUAUCACUAGCACAGUUUAUGGUACACACAACACUUGGUGCAAUGAUUCAGUGCUUUGACUGGAAGGCCGGGAUAGAUGGAAAUCUACCAAGUGUUGAUAUGGAAGAAGGAUUUGGGCUAACGCUUACUAGAGCUAACCAUUUGGUAUGUGUACCAGUGGCUCGUCUUCAUCCUAUCCCAUUUUCAUUGUAACAUCUCAGACAUGUAUCCCAACUUUCUAUCGACUCCGUCUCAUGUUAGAAUGAAAAUAAGAGGAAGUUUAUCCGUUUCAUGUCGUAAAUAUUAUCUGAUUUUGCGGUCUAUACA